GAUAUCCUAAAUCCGCCAAGCCGAACGGUCCUUCAAAAACGUCAACAACAACAGACUCCAAGGCGGGAGAGUCGAAGUGCCGAUGGUCAUGGUCUGUUUAUAAGGUGGAAAUCAGGCAUAUUUUCAGAAUGUCACCUAAGAAACGAAAGGCCUCGGACACAGAAGAUUUUCCCUCCAGUGAGGAACCAAAGCCAAAAUUGCUUCAUAAAGAUGCUAUCACUUCUAAAGACACUGAGGAUGAAAUUCAGGAAACAAAGUCCAGAGUGAACCAGAAGCAAGAGGUUCUGCGCAAACUCCGAUUGGUACGCAUGUAUCGCAACAAGCCAGAGAUGCAGGAUCUUGAUGCUGUAACAGCAAAGUGGCUCCAGGUGUGUCAGGAGGCAUUGCAAGAUCUACUUGUCAAGGUCAAAGAGCAGAUGAGUAAUGAGAUUGGGCAGGAGGAACUGACUCUUACGCAACUUGUAAAUAAGUUAGGCCUUGAUCCUAAACUCUUGAUGUUAGAUCCUGUAGAGGAUUGUUUUGUUACCUGAUAAUCCUCUCUCCCUCCCUCUCCUCCUCUCUCCCUCCCUCCCUUUUUUUUGUUUGUUUCUUCUUUUUUCCUUUUUCCUUUUAUCUUUUAUUAGAAUGAGAAUAUGCAUAGGAUAAUUUUGAGAAAAAUAUAAGUUUAAAGCAAUUUUAACAUGAAGUAAUGGAAAUGAGAUUGGAAUAGUCAUAGGAAAAACAUCUUUUGGUAAUCAUAAGUUUCUGCAGCGUUUAUUUUCAAACUCAGUUGCAAUAUCUAAUUUUUGUUUAAGAAAUGUCUAAUCAUGUAUAAGAUAUUAUCUAGCACAUAAACAUUUAUUUAGUUAUGAAAAGUGCCUUUGUCUAUUUGCAUGACUGUAUGUACAUUUACUUAGCAAUAAUGAAAAAUCAUAAUCAAUCA